GUUUCUCCCUCGACGUCUUUCUCUAUUUUCUCUUCAUCUUUCUUGAUUUUCUUUCUUUUUCUACUAAUCUACUGCAUUCAUUUAGUUUGCUCAUGCUCACACUUGACGAGAUGCUCAACAGGCAGUCCAGCCCUCCCAUUCCAAGUGGUGAGCCCCGGAGAACGUCUGAUUCACCUUGCGGGCCAAGUCCAGAUGCUGCUGCUCCCUCAACUGUGAUAGGACCGGUGCAUACUGGCAAGCGACCAAUGGAAGACUUUUCCCAGUACGCGCAAAGUGUUGCGAGGAGGAAGCGAUUGCGCCCUGAGGACAGCGAUGAGCUUGUUUCAUAUUCAAAGCUUUCGCGUGGUGAGAAGGACAUAUGGCUUGCAUCGACUCUUUUGUCCAUCCAGGGUACAGUCAGCCAACUUCAAGCACCUGAUGCCCAAUGGGACCUGCCAGUGAUGCUGAAGAAGAAGAUCGAUAUCUACUCUGCCGUUGUUAUUCUCUCUCCGACGCUCUCCGCAUAUGUCAGUGACGACGCCCCACGGAAGGUCUUAAUCGAUAUCCUUGAACGUUACCCCAGUUGGGGUUACAAACAAGAUGUCAAAGAGAACCCAUAUCGAUACAAUAUCGUGAUCUCAUUCAUAUCGGCAAAGCUAACUGCACGAAGGUAUACAGCAAAGAAGAUUAUUGCAGAGAGCAUUGGUACGACCGCCGAGGACCCGGAAGAACUGAAGCGUGUCGAUGCAGAUGAUAUUCUUGCCUUAUGUGAAGGGCUAGUAGCGAAAGUCUUCAAGGCUGCGAAGAUUGUCAUUACUGUGCCGAUGUGUGCCAGGGUCGCGUUUCUUAGGCUCAUCUAUGUCGGGCAGCCCGACGCGGGCGACAAAUACUGGGACAGUGCCGAUGAGAAACUCAAGGAUUUCCGGGUCAAGCUUUCCAAUGACCCAAAGAAGAUAUCGAGCAAAUUCGCCAAGAUUCUUUCACAAGAUCGUCAAGUAUACGGUGAUGUCGAUGUCGACUAUACACUGAAGAGUGCCUGCAUGAAUGCCGCUCAGCGCAUGGGCGAGGGGGUGUACGCGGGGACCGAAGGCGCUCCUGUCAAUGGUGCCGAGCAGAGUGAUGAUGACUCGGGCUAG